UCAACAGUGAAAGGAGCUAUCUGCUGCUUCUCUAUUCCGGUUUGCGCAGACUUAAGCAAGGUAACCAUCUGCUUUCUCACCAUGUGUCGGGGUUUAGCUGCACUCCCUACCAGCUGCUUGGAAAGAGCCAAGGAUUUGAAGACCCGUUUGGGAAUCCUGCUUCAUAAACCAGAGUUGGGAUAUAAAAUUGGGAACUUGAGCCGAGGCACAAAACGGAGAUACUCCUUAGAAGAGGUGCUUGGAUGGAAGGAGUCUUUUGACCAUCUACUGAGAAGUAAAAGUGGGGUGGCAGCAUUCCACGGGUUUCUUAAAACAGAAUUUAGUGAAGAGAAUCUGGAAUUCUGGCUGGCCUGUGAGGAAUAUAAGAAAACCCGCUCAAAAGCCAAACUAGCAGCCAAAGCCAACAGGAUCUUUGAGGAUUUUGUUCAAAAUGAGGCCCCCAAAGAGGUGAACCUGGACCAUGAAACUAGAGAAGCAACCAGGAGGAACCUCACUGUUGCUAAUCCUGCUUGCUUCGAAGAAGCCCAAGCGAAAACCUACACCUUGAUGGAGAAGGACUCCUAUCCCAGAUUUCUGAAAUCUGCCUAUUACAGGGACCUGGCAGAGCAAGCCACUAGCCACAGAACAUGCAAGCCCGCACACACCUGAACCCGCUCAUUGUCACUGCUAGGAACUGUGUCGACAGAGACAAUCGAAUGAACCAGGAGAGGCAGGCGCCUCAGAGGGAGGUGCUAAGAGCUUUUGAAUGAUGGAAUUUGGGCUGGGGCUUUACCCUGGCCAGGAUGCCUGGAAUCUCAUACGCUUCCAUGCACCCAGAAGCUCUACUGAAAAAGGACACUCCCUUGCACCUGGGAAGCGGAGGCAACAGGAGUUCAUGCAAAAAGCACUGGAGAAAAUUGUGCAAGAAAAAAACCUGCUCGCCAGGCAGGAGGAAGAAAGCAGAAGGGAAGGCAAGAACUAAGUGACAGAUAACUGAGAAGGUUGAAUUCCUCUCCAAAACUGUUUACCCCCUUGUGUUGAAUGUUAUCAAUCUGUGCACCCAUCUACAUGCACCAUCUGCUCUCAGAAGCCAGUCUCUGCACCUACAUAACACAGACUACAAACUGUAUAUAGCAGGCAGAGGUUUGCAAUUUCCAACCUCCGCAUGUCAGCUCCAGAAACCCACAGCUCUCUGCAUGUUUGUAUACCAGUCAGCUGAACAUUCAGGGCUUAGUACCCUAACAGUGCAGGCAUUGCUUUGCAUUUGUACUCAGAGGAAUCCUGCAUCUGCUUUGAUCCAACUGCAUUCUUAGAUCUCUGCCUUCUGCCAUGCUGUUCAAGCUUCCUUCUAAUGACAUUUGCAGAAGGCACAUGGACCAGAUGUAUUGUGCCUCUCUGAACAUUAUAUGCAACCUUGGGUGAUGUGCCCAAUUUUUAAAAUUAUUUGUUUUUCUUCAUCAUCAUCAUUGUCAUCAUCAUCAUUGUUAUUAUAUUAUUAUUAUUAUAUUAUUAUUAUUAAUUUAUUCAGACAGGGCAGUGGAUGAGCACAGCACUUUAGAAGCAGGUGCUACAGACUACAGCAAGGAGUCUACAAUUGAAACUGGUCUUUCUGCCAAUUUCACUGUACCUAUACAGAAUACUCUAACAGGUGGCCUGAACAGAGAGGUAGAGAAAAAAGAAAGGAAAUAAGGCUAGAUUGGUCUUGCAAAUAUAAGUCCAAAAAAGUUAUUAAGUCCCCCCAAAAUGUCUACUAUCCCUGUCCAAACAUAUCCUGUGUUACAGUGUAGGCUUGUCUGUUUACUCUAAAAAAAAAAGUCCCACUGUUUGUAAUGGAACUUCUUCUCAAAUAAGAGUGUACAGGAUUGCUGCCUUUGUCAUUUGUAGCAAAUUUGACAGCCAGAAAGGGGGAAAAAACGUUCCAAUGAACCCUUCCCUACUUGCUUGUCUAGAGGUCGUUUAUAGUAAUCACAGGUGAUCAGGUGAAUGGGUAUUUGCAAUCCUGGACCAAACUGCAGUCAAACAAAGGACAAGGCCCAGGGGUGAAAGGCAGUCCUAUUUCUAGGUUACUGUUCACAUGCCACUUAUUGCAGACCAGGCUGAAUGAAAAUCUAAAAAUAGAGUCAAUAGGGAAUAUUAAAGCAUAAUUCAUUUGUGUCUCAUCUCCAGUGCAAGCCCUGCUGAAACUGAUUACAAUCAUGCCUGUUCUUGUGGAAUUUCCAGUGUUUCAGCAGGAAUAUGCACAGGAGACAUUUCCAGUAAAUUGUGCCCGUAGACUACCAACGGGUUUUAAGGAAGGACAUAUUAGAAAGGAGACAAGAGAACAUCUGGGAAAGAAUGAUGUGAAUGGGCAAACACAAACUUCAAGUCUGCAGCUAAUGCUGCCUGUGCAAAGCAGAAAUAUGUGGUGGAAAUGAUGUUAGUAGGCCCAGGGUACCUUAAUGCAAGUGACUUGAUUUCUGAGAGAGAGGAACAGCACAUGACUGAGUGGAAUGUUGAUGCAGGACUGAUCCUAUCAUUCAACAGGGUAGACACUAUGAGGUUUUACUAGUCUCGUGUUUGACUUGUGUAAUGGACAGACAGAAUCCUGAAUUACAACAGGGAACGUCCACAGACUCACAGUUGUUGAAGGAAAAUUUUCCAGUCAAUUUAUUGUGCUCCAAAGGACAGAGUUUAUUGAGAGAUACAUAGACCAAUGUUCAUUGGGAGAGAGGUUACCAAGAGUACUAACCACAUAGUUAUUUCCCCCUGCAAGCCCUCCCCAUUUGUACUUUCAUACAAUUUGUAAUGUACACCAGCUAGGAUUGUACUGGGUCUGUUACACAGAAAUGCUGGCAGCAACAGAAUGUUGCACGCAUGUCUAAAUGAUUGAACCCCAGGUAGUUUGUUUAAAUCAGCCCUGAUAUCCUGCCUCCCUCAUUUGACAGGCUGCAAAAUACCAAGCUGAGUAUUUGUUCAUAGCAUAAACAACCUGUCUAGAGUUACGUGAAUUAUGUACUGGAAGUGGCUGGAAAAAUAAACAGUGAAAUUGCAGCUACUGAACAAUUUACAGUGCAGUUUGGGCGUGGUUCAUAAAUGCAUGUCUGUCACUCACUGAUGUGUGGUUGAACCAUCAUUUAUUCAUUACUGCAGGUAUGUUCAAAUCAUCUGGUAUUAAAUCAAACACAGUGCUUUCCAGUGGAGUUGCUUUCCAUAUGUCAGGGGUGGGAGUGUUAUUGGAACUGACUUCUAUCAGCCAUGGCCAGUGAGCAUGGACAAUGGUCAGGGAUUAUGGGAGUUGUAGUCCAGCAACAUCUGCAGGGCCACAGGUUUCCCAUCCCUGCAAUAUGUGAGCACCACUGAGUAAUCAAGUGAUGUGAUCAAGUGGUGUACAUGUAUGUGUGAACCAGCCUUUCAUUUCAUAUUCUGAGGUCUUCAGCACAGAACUUGAUUAUAUAUAAACAACUUUGAAAUUUGACAGCAUUGUAUACAUUUAGAAUCAAGACUCUAAGACUACAGCUACACUUGACUUGAGUGUUAUGUAUCUGUUUUCCAGCAAUGGUUAUUAAACAAGUAUGUUACUGGUGCUAGUAAAGCUUUUUAUAUGCUAGUGAAAACCAGUUUAAAUGUUUAUUUCACCAGCAAUGAGUCAUUUCCCAGAGCAGAUGCACCCUGAGCCAAUAGCUAAUUCCUCUUGCAUGUUGCAGUUUAUUCAACAGGGACCAUAUCCUGAGGUUCUUACUCUGAUUUUGAUUAACCCUGAUUAAGACAAACUUCUGUUGACUUCCAUGAAGAAAUGUCUGAAAAGGGCGACUAGAUGUGAUUCUCUUUUCAUUCUGAAGUCUAUGGUUAAAACCUCCCUCCAUGGACUUCACUGGUGAAAGAUCAAUACCUUAAUUUAUAUAAUGCAAACCAUGUUUACCCAAUCGUUUCUUAAAAAUACAACAAAACUUUGAUGCCACUGUUGGGGGUAAAUUCUUUAGUGCUGUAGUGUUUGCAUCACAGUUCCAUUGUGGUUUAGCCAUCCUUGGUUUGACUGCAUGCCAAGAUAAAUAUUAUGACUAUCCCACAAUCUUCAGCAACAAAACAGUGUGGAGGAUACUGAAUUUGAAAAAUGUGCUCACCCAGACUGUUUCCAUUACUCUGUUUCCCACAGCUGCCAUGCUGUCCCCUUCGUUGCCGGUUUUCUUGAGAUGUUCCAGAACACAAGCAUUUCUUCCUAUUUAAAAUAAAUUAAUAGGACUGAAUGCUGAACUACAGUUAAGAAAGUGCAAUGAGCCCUUCCUGGGAUGGGUGGUGCCAUCAGUAAACCAGCAAUUAAGUGGCAGUGCCUUUGCAGCCCAGUUUAAGACCUCGGGAUUACCUGCACUAUCCUCUUGCUGCAGUUAGCCUGGCCAGAAGUCUAGGAGAAGACGAGCAGGAAUCCUCCCCAAGGCCGGAGCUGCUUUAAUAUUUAUUAUUUAUUUACAACUGGAACCUGUUCCAGUUCUUUCUGUGUGAAUGACUGAGAUACUCUGUUGUGGAUUCAAGAAUGUCAUAAUACUGUUGUCAUAAUAUUAUUUGAAAAUAAAACGGUUACAGAAACCA